ACGCUAUAUAAUCCCAUUCUCCACUUUCUCUUCUCAGUUUCUCACAAGCCGCAAGCAGAGCACGCCCAACAACAACAACAACAACAACAACAACAUAGCAACAGAGAGAGAGAGAGAGAGAGAGAGAGAGAGAGAGAGAUAAGAAGAUUUUGUCAGAGCAAAGGUUGUUCAAGGUUUCAGUUAAUUGACUGUUAAGAGAAGAAGAAUCUCCAAUGAAGGGUGAAUUAGAGUUACCACCUGGCUUCAGAUUCCACCCCACAGAUGAUGAAUUGGUGAACCACUACCUGUGUAGGAAAUGUGCAGGGCAAUCAAUUGCUGUUCCCAUCAUCAAAGAGAUCGACUUGUACAAGUUUGAUCCCUGGCAGCUUCCAGAAAUGGGUUUUCACGGUGAGAAAGAAUGGUACUUCUUUUCUCCACGGGACCGGAAAUACCCCAACGGUUCACGGCCCAACCGUGCCGCCGGAACCGGUUAUUGGAAAGCCACCGGAGCCGAUAAACCCAUCGGAAAACCGAAAGCGCUUGGAAUCAAGAAGGCACUUGUGUUCUACGCCGGAAAAGCCCCCAAAGGAGUGAAGACCAAUUGGAUUAUGCACGAAUAUCGCCUGGCCAAUGUUGAUCGUUCCGCCGGCAAGAAAAACAACUUGAGGCUCGAUGAUUGGGUGCUGUGUCGAAUCUACAACAAGAAAGGGAAGAUUGAGAAAUACAAUACGGCAACGCCAAAAUUGAAUUCUGGGGUGGUUGAUGAUUAUGAGCAUGAACACGAGAAUGAGACCAAGCCCGAAAUUCAUAAGCUUGUGAAUGAGCAAUUAUACAUGGACACAUCAGAUUCUGGACCUAGGUUGCACACGGAUUCAAGCUGUUCGGAGCACGUGGUUUCACCAGAUGGCACGUGCGAGAAGGAGGUGCAGAGUGACCCAAGGUGGAAUGAUCUAGAGCUACAAUUAGACAACGUGUUUGAUUUUCAGUUCAAUUACUUGGAUAAUAGCCUGUCGUUGGAUGACCCUUUUGGCACCCAGGAUCAGUAUCAAAUGAAUCAGCUCUCACCGUUGCAAGACAUGUUCAUGUUCCUACAGAAGCCAUUUUGAUUUGAAAAUGAAACUUUUUGGUGAAACUACUACAUGUGGACCAUGGUAGGUUUGGCUUCGAGUUUGAACCAAACAGUGGUGCGCGUGUAGUAACUAUUCUUAAUUCUUAAUAUUCUUUGUUCUAGAGAGAGAUCACAGGUUCUGCAGUGUGUAAGUAAAAACAAAUGAAGCGGAAUGAUCUCAUAUGUGGUAGAUCCAAUGGGCCAUGGUAGAUAGAUGUAAGGAACUCCCGUAGGAAAAUUCUUGUUCCACUGCUUUAGUAUUAAGAUUUUUUUAUAUAUUUGUAAUAUAUAACUUCUACUUUUCAAUUCAAAGCAAACAAAUUGAAUGAAAAGUCUUCAAUUCAAUGGGAUCGAAUGGUGCGAUUUUCAUGUUU